AUGGAAGGCGAGCGCGGCUCAUCGUCACCAUCCGGCGCAGUGUCAAUGCAGCCUCCACCGCCUCGCUCGUCUGCGCAGGGCGGAUUCAAAGCACCCCCGGCGCGAAUCGCACCGAAAUCAAAAUUGAAUGACCCCAAGGGGAAGGCCAAAAUCGAAGAAGAUGAAGACGCCCCCGUCGUGGUCGAAUCCAUCGAUGAAUCCAGCGAUCAUCGUCAGCGCGAAGAAGAUGACACCAAAGAUGAUGAAGAGGCACCGCCCCCCGCCCCCGCCCCCUCGCCAGCCGUCGGCGAGUACGUCGUGCCCGAGUGGGCCGCGCGGCCCAAGCACGCCUACGCGCUCGAGGUGGUCAAGGGCGGCGUCCAGGUCGAGCGCUUCGACCCCACCGACAAGGUGGUAUACGUGGACGGUGCGUUCGACCUCUUCCACGUUGGCCACAUCAAGGUGCUGGAGAGGGCCAAGCAGCUUGGCACCUUCCUUCUCGUCGGCGUGCUUGACGACGAGACGGUGAACAGGUACAAGAAGGGCAACUUCCCGAUCAUGACUCUCUACGAGCGCGUGCUCGGUGUGCUGUCGUGCAAGUACGUCGACGAAGUGGUGCUCGGCGCCCCAGAGAAGCUGACCGAAGAGUUUAUCAAGAACAACAACAUCUCCGUCGUCGUACACGGCAAGGACCAAGUUGAACCCUGCGCCGAUGGAACGAGCCCGUACGAAGUGGCAGAAAAGAUGGGUAUCUACCACGAGCUGGACAGCGAGUCGCCGAUGACCACGACGCUCAUCAUUGAGCGCAUCGCCGAGAACAGGCGCAUGUACGAAGAGCGCAACGCCCGAAAGGAGAAGAAGGCCCAGGCCGAGAGGGAGCUCGAGGAGGAGCGCAAGAAGGCGGAAGAAGCUGCGGCGGCCACCACCUCCACAGCUUGA